AUGGCCUUUUGCGACCAGCUCAGACUCGGGCAGUCUGAUGCUGGCAGGGAAGAGGCCACAAGGCUUGGGCUUCCUUGGAGGUCGGCGGCAAUCCGUUGUUGGAUGGCCUUGAUUGGGCUCUGUGAAGUGCAAUGUGUGAUCAGUCACUAUGGCAUGGCCAGUCUGGAGCCCCUAGCCCGCCUCUUCAAGAGAAAGCCCGUGGCUUUUUCGGAGGGGAGCAGGGAAGUCCUGGGUCAGUCUGUUGCUGUUGCGCAGCUAAUUCCUGGACCAGCAGCCAUGUGGAAGGAAGCCGCUGGACAGUCUGCAGGCCAUAUGGCCAGUCCCAGCACCGUGGCAAAGGAGGUCUUGGAGUCCGGACUGAUCACCAAGAUCAGCUGGCCGCUCACGGCAGACUUGGCUGCUGCUAUGGUGGUUGUCUGGGACAGUCUGCGAAAGCUACAGCGGUCUCAGAGCGAGGAGUUUGCACCCAUUUGGUUCCAGAAGGAUCCGAGUUUCACGGGUCCAAAUGGGUCCAAUGUCGGUAGUGAGGACAGUCGCGUGGCGAUUUGCCGAAAGGAUGGCCAAGAGGUGGGUGCCGAGCUGGUGCCGGUGGGCAAGGAAGAGACGGCCCUCUCCCUGCGUGCCAAGCAUGCGCUGGUGGCCAGUCGUCUUCUGCAGACCUUGCUGGAGAAAGGCGAAGGGGCCUUGCCAAAACUUGAGAAGGUUGUUCGGGUCCAGGGUCUGGGCAACUCCCUCAACCGGGUCCGUCGCUGCAAGGACUCGGUGGACCGCUACAUCCGCGGGAGCCUCUUCCCACCGCACGAUCCAGCGGUCGUCGAAGUGCCUGGCAAAAGUGAGACCUACUUCAUUGAGAGUAUGGAGCAAUUCAACGACUUUCGCAUGAAGGUUUUAGAGGAGUCGGGCACUCGUGGCCUGCGUCUCAAUCAACGCAGCUAUGCCGCGGACACGCAUUGGUACUCCAAUGUGGGUGGGAGCAUCGUGAAGAUGGGUGACUCAGACAUCCACAUGCCCUUGAAGACCUCUGAGAAGAAGCACAAGGCCAUCAUUCCGGGCGCUGCCCUGGGCGCUCGGAAGAAGCUGCGCAUGAACGAGCCUCUCAUUGGGCCCAAUGCCGAGCGCUAUUGUAGCGCUGCUCUGGCGUCGGGCUGGAUUGGUGUGGAGGGGCCCUACGUCCGGGGCGGCGGGGAGGUCGAUCCCCUCGCCGGCUAA